AUUUGUAUUUUUUUUUCUUCUCUCUUUUAGAAGUUAAAGUUGUUUCUUUUGGAUCUUAACAGAACUUCGGCUGGGUUUGAAAUCAAAAUGUUGUUAAAAGCUUGCAUUGGAGAUAGGAUCAGUGGAUUGCCAGAUGAAAUUCUUUGCCACAUUCUUUCAUUCCUAGUAACGGAGGAAGCUGUAAAGGCUAGCGUUUUAUCACGUAGAUGGAAGAAUGUAUGGGCUUAUAAUCCCAAUAUUGACCUAUGCGAUCUGAGAUGUGGAAGAAGGAUUCAUUCAGAAAAUUUUGAGGGAAUCGUGAAUCUUGUACUUCUCUCACGUGGCUCCUUAGACAUUCAUAGAUUCAGUCUUACUUGUGAGGAUUUUGUGAACUAUUCUUGUUUUGAUGCUUGGAUUCGCAGUGCCGUUAGGCACAAUGUUGUUGAACUAGUACUUGAUCUUGUUGAUGGGGGUUUCAGCCAAAAACUGGAUCUUAUUGAUGGGGAGACCGUGUCCUAUUACGCGGGUUUUGAGUUGCCAAAAAGCUUGUACAUGUGCAACACAUUGGUGGUGUUGAAGCUAAGACUCCAACCUUCUUUUACGAUUACUCCUCCGUCAAACUGUUUCCCAAGUCUCAAGUUUCUCAAACUCAUGUUCGAUUGUCUUGAUAUUGACUCAAUGGAGAAGCUCAUUCCUUGUUGCCCUGUACUGGAAGAUUUGAAUAUAGAUUGCGAACUUGUCGAUCUUGAUGAGUUUCCAGUAUUGAAUUUCAAUAUCUCCGCACUGAAACUAAACAAAUUACAAGUAUAUUUGUACCAAGGUAUGUCUGAAAUCCCUCGUGCAUACCAAAUAUUUGUUACUGUCAAUGCUCCAAGUCUCGAAAAGUUUGAUCUCCAAGACGAGUAUAUGGCGAUCUAUUCUUGGAACCAGGCAAAAUCCUUAAGCAGAGCGAAGAUUGAUUUCAAACAGCUACACCGGUUUCAGGGCAUUGACAAUGACUAUAUCCUUGAAUCUGCUGAUCGUAUGCAAAGGCUUUUUGAAGGGUUGUUGUAUGUUAAAGAUCUUUCGGUUUCAGCUCCACUUUUUGGGGAUCCAGAGAUAAUGCAUCAAUAUCAUCUACCUACGUUUAAUUAUUUGAACCGCUUGGAGCUAUUUCUUCAUACAUGCUGCUCUUGGAAACUACUGACAAAUUUUCUCAAGAAAUCACACAAUCUGAAAUAUCUAUUCGUUCAAAGUAACGCGAAGUGUUCAGCUUUUCGCCAUGGUUGUGACUUUGUACACCAUGUAUGGUCUCCGCCAAGGUGGGUACCCGUUUGCUUGAUGUCAUGCCUCAAGAACAUUUGCAUAAAGGGAUUCCGAGGACGAGCGGAUGAAAUGGAAGUGGUAAAGUACAUGUUGAAGCAGGGUGAAGUCUUGAAUAAUGUGAUAAUAUUUAUUUGUGAUUUCUCUGUAAAAGACGAGGUGAAGUUAUGCCAGGAGAUGUCAACGUUCCCAAGGGCUUCAAAGGCUUGUCAAAUUGAAUUUCGAAGAUAAUGUUAUCUAAUUAUUGAUGUGGAUUCCAUUUUCAAAGUUGGGAAGGCGUCCUUUCUGUGUCGAUGGAACUGCAGUCGUGUUUUGAACUGAUGUUAUCUGCUCUUAGCUUCUUUAACUUUGGAUGAAUGAGAUUAUGGAUUGUUAUGUG